AUGCAAAAGUGCUUCAGUUAAUAGUAAUUUGUAGCUUUAAUCUAAUAAAUAGAUUUCAAACAAAAUUAAUUGUUUUUUCAAAUUUAGUUGUUGGCACUUAUUUCAACAAGCUUAGAAAAUAUCACUGAAAUAUCUGCAAGAUAAAUCAAAGCUGCUUUAGAGUUGAAGUUAAAUUGCAUGAAGAGCUAAUAUAAAAUAAGGCCUUUGCAAAGAGAAAAGAAGCUUUUGCUUAUUCAUUAAUUUUUAGUUUUUUUGUUCAUUAACAAUGUUCAAUGUUCAAUUAAUUUAAUUUAGAAAAAGACUAUAUAGAAUUUUUAAUAGUUUUAGUAAAUAUAGAUAGGAAUAGAUAAGCAAGCACUAGGUUUGUAGUUAAUAAUUGAAGUUACCUUUUAACCAUAAACAGCCAAUACUAUUAGCUAAAGCUAAUUUGUUUUUCUAGCAGCGGAACCUAAUGUUCAAGUUCCAGAAUAUUAUAGUGUCCUCUUUUAGUAAAACUAUUCAUUGUAUAUGCAGUAGAAUAUUCAUUUAGAUAUCGAAGGAUUGGCUACUUUUCGCAAGUUUUAAGUUACAGAAAUAUCAAAUGUAGUUAAUAGUUAAAUUGGCUUGUGGAACUUCGGUUUUUAUGACAUAAAAUCUGAUAAAACAUCUCUUUAUACCAUUAAUAUUGAUAUAUAUUCUUAUGGAAAAAAUGAUAGUUAUUGCCCAGAGGGCUGCAAUUCUUAAAGGAAUAGUAUGAAUAAAUGUAACUAAUAGUAAUAGAUUAAUUUUCAAAAUUAUUGUAAUUGUGCGAAUUAAUUUUUAGGAGAAUCAUGCUACUUUUUUUCUCCUAUAAAUCCUAUUGAUGUAGAUAUUAAUAUGAAUAUUCCUCCUUUUACUUGGGGAAUGGGAUCUUUCAAUUUAAGUGAUUAAUAAAGCAAUCAAUUUACUUUUGCUAUUACAUCACCUUAUAGUAAUUUAAAAAUGUCUAUUGUUUAUGGCUCUGUUAGUUAACUAUGGGUUCCAAAUAUUUUGUACGAUAGCUACGAUAUACAGUCAUCAAACAUUUAACAAGUCGAUUAAUAUCCUCCCUUAACUGAAAAAAUUCAAAAAAUGUUUGAUGCAAACACACUUUAAUAAAUUUAAUAAUAAUUUCCUUAUCGUAGAAAGGAUUAUGAUCAAGUUAUAACAGUUGGUUUCUAUAAUUAUAGCCCUUCGCAAACAGCUAAAUUUGUAUUUAGACUUAAAUAAGUAAAUUCUAGUAGCUCAGAUAUCUCUGGCUUAAACUAAACUACUAUGAUCCUCUUCAUAGUAUUUGGAUGUGUUAUUAUUUUUUGUGUUACUCCAAUAACAUAUUUUUGUGUAAAGUAAAAAAAAAGACAAGAACAAGAUUUCUUAAAUCAAAUUUUAAAUAAUAAUUUGUAAAUUGGUUAAAUAAGUCCUAAUUAAGCAAUUUCAGGUCCUGUUUCAAAUAGCUAAAGUAAUUAAGGUGCAAAUUCAAACUAAAAUGAAAUCCUAGAGUAGCUUAAUUUACCUAUUAAUCAGCUAGUAAUACGAGGUAAUGAUGCAUAUCAUAACUAAAAUAUUUAAGGAUAACCUAAUUAGAUUAUAUAAUUCUAGGCUCCAAUAGCUCCUAUACAGGACAUUCCAGUAGAUAGACUAAAACCGAUUAAAAAAAUUGUUCCAAUUACAAAAGAAACAAUAAAUCGUUUUAUGCCAAAAUAAAUUUAUUAAGAUUUAAUGCGUUUAUAUCCCACUCUAAAGCAAGAAGGAGAGGAGUGUACUGUCUGCCUAGAAGGAUUUGAACAAACAAGUGAGUGUAGGAUAACUCCUUGCUAUCAUUUAUUUCAUUCUGAAUGCUUAGAGGGUUGGUUCUAAAAGCACUCUACAUGUCCUUACUGUAGAAAUUCUUGUAAUAGAAAAGGGAUCAUAAGAUUUUUGCAAUAGGGUUAAAGCAAUUCUUAUGUAAAAAGAAUGUAGUAACCAUUUUAAAAAGAAAAAGAAAGCAGCAACUUCAGUAAAUAGAUUAAAUCUGAUGGUAAUGUUUAAUUGGAAGAGGUAGAAAAUAAUAAUGCAAUAGACGAGUGGUAAAAUCCAGCUACUCUCUCCCCUGGGCGCCGAUAACACUAUUUUUAAGAAAAUAGUCCAGAGCCAAACUCAAUCAAUAUUGGAGGAUAAUAAUCUCACAAUAAUAAUCAAAAUUCAGAAAAUGCAUAGCAAUUAGAUUUCAAUUAAGUCUAAAAUAAUAAUCAUAAUCAUAGUAAUAAUAAUAAUAAUAAUAAUAACAACAACAAUAACAGUAAUCAUAGUGUUCACACAUUUAGUUCACCAAAUAAAAUGUAGAAAAAAUCUUCAAUUAUAGAAAAUGUUCUUUCAGCUAUAAAUAAGCCUUUGCAAUAAAUUAUGGGUUUUUCUCUAAAUAAUCAUAGCUCUCAUAACAUUAGCAGCAAUAAGAAAUAAAAUAACAAUAACAGUUAGUCUUCACAUCAAAAAGAAAAUUAAGAAAAUGAAUUAAGGAAAUCUAUAAAGCUUGAUCAAAAUAGCUUCAGAAAUGUGAAUAAUGAAAACAAAAGCAAUGUAAAUAUCAGUUAAAAAAACAAUAAUUAAUUACUUUCGGGAAACUGUUUGAGUUAAAAUGCAUUUAUAGAUUAAGGACAUGAAAUAUUUUCUUUUAUUUCACCUAAUUUAUCAUAAAUACAAAACAACUAACAACACGACAUACUAUUAAGCCUCAAUAAUAGUGUUCAAAAGAAAUAAUCAUUUGUUAAUGAUUAAGGAUAAUAAAAUGGUGUGCUUUCUCCAGAGAAUUCCUUUUAGAUGGUAUCCACGACUCGUAAAAUGUUUGCUGAAUAAGAGUAUCAAAAUAAAUUAAUGCACUACAACCACUAAAAGAUGAAUUAGUUAGAUAAACAAUAUGUCUAAAAUGAAUAUCUUGAAAAACCUGCAUUAGGAAGAAGAUAAUCUAUAAAUAACAUCAGUUAUAAUUUAAAUUAAGAUAAAGGUGAGGAUUUGUAAAUUAUCUACGAUAGGUACAACUAAAAUAGUUUCAUUGGUUAACGAAGGAAUAUGUUUAUAAACGAGGCAGAUUUGAUAGACAAUUAUGGAAAUGGAAAUGUUGAUAAUGACGAUGAUGAUGAAAAUGGAACCAGUAUGGUAAACUAUAAAAAAAAUAAAUAGCAAAUAUAUGUACUAUCCAAUAGAAACUCAGUAAUUAAAAAACCAAUGGGCUUGAAAUCACAGAGAAGUAAAGUUGAAGGAGAAGAUCCUUCCAAUUUGAGAUAAACUGAGUAAGAUGUAUCUUCAAGAGCAAAUUAGAUUCCUCUAGCUACCCGUAAUAUUCUUAAUUCAUAACCUCGAUUCUUCUAAGAGACAAAUAGACGUGAAUCAUUGAACAUAGACUGCACAUAAAACAGUGAAAAAUCUAAAAAUAAGCAAUUCUCAGAAAAUGUAUAAAACUCAAGUUUUAAUAGAACUCAAGACGAGUAAAGAUUUUAGUAAAAAAACCUUAAAAUCAACUUUAAUCAUUACAAAGAUGAAGAAAUUCUGUAUGGCUAAUCAGAAUUUGCCACAAUUACUGCUAAUGUUUUAGAAAAUAUCAAAGAUGAGACAUAAAAAUAAUAGCAACCUGAAGAGUUAAGUGAUAAGCAAUUCAAAGAUAUCAAGGUAGUAAAUAAACUUAUAGUAUUAGAUGACGAUGAUGAUGAAUCUAAUGAAGCAGAAAGCUAAAAAUAAUAAGUCCCUCCAAACAAUAUAUCAUUAAAUAAAAUAAAAAAUACUGAACAAUAAAUUAAAUAAAACAACUAAUGA